CCAAUUAAGGCGGACUCCAGUGCACACUCAUACAUUUCCAUCCCGCUGCAGCGUCGGUGAAACAACAGGAACAUAGAAGCUGGCCAAAAAAACAAGGAGAGAUUGCCUUGGCUUCUAAUUUCUCCCUUUCCAACACAGAACAAUGUCGAUGAGCCCUAAGCAUACGACUCCUUUUUCUGUAUCCGAUAUCUUAAGUCCUCUUGAGGAGAGCUACAAGAAAGUGAGUAUGGAGGGGAACAACCUGGGGGCUCCUCUUGCCUCGUACAGACAACCUCAAGUCACGCAAGCGGCGAUGCAGCAGCACCACAUGGGCCACAAUGGAACAGUACCCGCUGCCUACCACAUGACAGCGGCUGGAGUUUCCCAGCUGUCACACACAGCAAUGGGCGGCUAUUGUAACGGGAAUUUGGGCAACAUGAGCGACCUACCGGGCUAUCAAGACAGCAUGAGAGGCAGCACGACGGCCACCGGUUGGUACGGAACGAAUCCGGACCCACGCUUCUCCACAAUCUCUCGUUUCAUGGGCUCCUCGUCUGGUAUGAAUAUGGGCAGUAUGAGCACUCUGAGUUCAUUGGCGGAUGUUGGUAAAGGCAUGGGUCCGUUAAACAGCACACCUCGAAGGAAAAGACGAGUGCUGUUCUCCCAGGCGCAGGUGUACGAGCUUGAGCGACGAUUCAAGCAGCAGAAAUAUCUCUCUGCGCCGGAAAGGGAGCAUCUGGCGAGUAUGAUUCACCUGACUCCAACUCAAGUUAAAAUUUGGUUUCAAAACCACCGAUAUAAAAUGAAAAGGCAGGCCAAAGACAAAGUGUCCCAGCAGCAAAUGCAACAAGACAGUGGCUCCUGUCAGCAGCAGCAACAGCAGUCUCCACGGAGGGUGGCCGUGCCAGUGUUGGUGAAGGACGGAAAGCCAUGCCAAGGCAGCAGCCACGCUUCAAACACCGGUGUACAAAACCACCAUCAACAGGGGGGGAAUGUCAUGAUUAUGUCAAAUAACAGUUCUUCAAUGGGCCAGCAUCAAAGUCAGCAGGUAGGCAGUACGGGACAGUCGCCAGAUCUGGGUCAACACACUGCAAGCCCCCCUUCUCUCCAAACCCAGGUAUCCGGCCUGUCACACCUGAGUUCUACAGGUUCCGAAUAUGGAGCUGCUUUGCCCUGCUCUGCUUUGCUCUAUGGUAGGACAUGGUGACAACGGAACAGACAAUAAUGUUGUAACAAAAUGUUAUACGGAUUCAGAGAAUCUGUGUACUACUGUACUCAAAACACGAGUGAAAGAGUUUUUGGCCAUGCGAAAAGUGAUUGCGCACUGAAAUCAUUGUCUCCUUUUUGGAGGGAGAGGUAAAAAGACUGCAAGCAACCCAAGGAUUGCCAAAUGACAAAGGUAUCAAAUCUUUUAUUACGAGGAUGAGUUCCAAAACAUCAUUAAGAAGAUGGAAUUAUUUAUAUACACUAGAUUUUAACGGAGACUGAUAAAAACAAUAAAUCACAAAUAUUCUGUUGGAUUUUAAAAUGUUCCUUUCGACUGUGAAGACGUCUCCCCCCUCAGUUAGACGGCUAAAUAACGUUGACUUCUUAUAGAUUUCACUGUAAGACGUCGCUUGUAUAUUUCUGUAAA